AUACGUGUAGGCUCAAAACUUGAGGCCCGAAUACAAUGCGGACACAAAGGCCCGCACAAGCUCGCCGAUCGCGGGUACAAAGGCACCAAAUCCACAUUUUUGGGAUCGAACCUUCGUAGGCAUAUCGGGGGUUCCUAAGUCCUUCUGAAUUUUUCUGUUCCUCGCACAAGUGAAAAAGUAUUGUUUCCUUUGGUAACUUGACUUGCCGUGAUCGCUGCCAGCAAGCUCCGUCAUUGCGAGCCAGUCGGUGAACGUAUCACAAUCACGUUCGUCCCAGUCGACAUGUUAAAACUCAUCAUAUGAUGCACUUCGAGCCCCGUCAAGCUUCACUAUUUCCGACCAUGCUACAGCUGACCGACUUGCUAUUGUCCGAUAACAUUCAGCUUGUCGUGAGCGCGACUUGUUUGAGUGUAGCAGCUCUGAUUGCUCAUACAUACCUUUUCAGCACAGAGAACGGCCUGUCAUUUCCCCCAUCCCCUUCGACGUGGGGACUCCGCGGACAUUUCAUACCUCCUCGCAACGCAUAUCUGACUGUAGCAUCAUGGAUUGAAGAGUAUGGUCCUCUCAUCACUCUACGCGCAGGAACAGAGAAAUUCGUCGUUAUCGGUCGCUAUAAAGCAUGCCUGACGGCCGCAGCAGAAAUUAUGGAGAAACAGGGCGCGUCGCUGGUCGAUCGUCCCCGCUCCCUUGCUGCUGGGGAGUUACUCGGUGGGGGAAUGCUUAUUCCCUUUGUCCCCGCUGGCGAGAGGUUCCGUCGGAUGCGCAGGCUCAAAUAUAAUGGCUAUAUGACUCUUCAUUACAGAGCGAUCCACACUCAUUUCCAACCCAAAGCAGCCGAGGCAUAUCGACCCCUGCAAAUGUCACACGCGAAGAACACCGUUAUUUAUAUUCUGAAUGGUCCAUACAACUUCCAGGAUCAUGCGCGAACUUAUGCAGCAGCAACGAGCAUGAAAAUCUCAUAUGGGAAGACUACACCUACAUCUGCGACUGAUCCCGAAGUUAGAAGGGUCACUGAAUUUGCUGAUAAAUUCCGCUUUGCAUUGCACCCUGGCGCGUACCUGGUGGAUUCGAUUUCGUGGCUGAAAUAUCUUCCUUGGUAUGCGCGAGAAUUACGUGACGGCUGUCGAGACUCUCGGGAACUUUUCAUCGAGCAACUCUGUCGCGUCAAACAGGAGCUAGGAGUUGGCGACGCCAGUCCUUCGUUUGGAAGAUACCUCUUGGAACAUGGCAGUCUUUACGGAUUGUCUGAGCUGGAGAUGGCUUACCUUGCUGGUGCUGUCGUUGGAGCUGGAUCCGACACGACUACUCUCGCAAUAUGCACAGUACUAAUGGCAGCUGCCGUUUUUCCUGAGGAGCAACGUAAAGUCCAUGCAGAGCUAGAUGCGGUCAUCGGGAAUAACAGAGCACCCACCUUCACUGAUGAGCAAUCGCUUCAUCGCCUUCGUGCCUUUGUUUCGGAGGCUCUGAGAUGGAGACCGUUGGUACCUAUGAGAAUACCACAUCGCACGACAAUGGAGGUUGUUUGGGAAAAUCAUCACAUUCCAGCCAGGACAACAGUAACUGGCAAUCACUGGUCCAUCUCUCGCGAUCCAGACGUCUUCCCGGACCCUAACACAUUCAAGCCUGAUCGUUGGCUCGGUAUCGAAGGGCGUGUGAGAGAUGACCCCAAGUUCUUCGUCUUCGGGUUUGGUCGGCGAGUGUGUCCCGGACAAGAUGUUGCAAAUAGCUCGGUGUUCGUAAACACAGCGCUUGUCCUUUGGGCCUUCCGGCUCACGUUGGACAGCACAAAGCCGUUGGAUGAUAUGGCUUUCAUGGAUGGCAGUUUGCCGAAGGAGCAGCCAUGUACGAUUGAAUUUCAAACGAGGAUUCCGGAAGUUGAGAUCAGGUGUAUCAUGGAG